UAGCAGGCAGGUUGAGGCAAUUCAGUGCUUAAUUAUUGAAUUGGCUUCAUCCUUGCCUUCAGAAAAAAAACACGAAUGCGUUUUCUUGCCGAUUUAUUGUGUAAAAAAAUGUUUGGAAUUAGAAAUUACAUAACAGCCAAAAUAAACAAAUGACAUAAUUUGAGUCUGCGCUGUGGAGGCGGUUAGCAGGAAUGUUUGGCAACUUUCCUGCCUAUCUGUACAUAACAAUAGCCCCAUUUAGCCCAAUAAACCUGUCUCGGUGCGUCACGUCGCCAUACUUAAAUCAGAAAUUAUAGCAAAUCGCUCCCAAGCCAGCGCCCUCUCCUCUGAGAAGGCUCGCUUGCCGGUAGUUGGAGCGUGUUUUGCGUGGCGCCGCGACGCCCCCGACGCUUCCAAAUCGAAUGGCGCGUAAUUGAAAUCCUCAAUCAGUAAAAUUUGAUCCCAGAUCGCGUUUUUGUGAUCUAGCGAUUCGAAAACUAGUGUGACGUCGCGAUGUUUUAUCGACGAUUAAAGCGUAUCCUGCCAGUAGUGUUUGCGCUGCGUCAACGACACUUGGCGUUUUUGGUUUGUGCAGCCGCGAACGAGGUUAGCGAGAGUUGUGAUCAGCGCGGCGAUAGUCUUGUCAAGUGCACCGCCAAAAAUCAGUUUGUCAACUUGGGAAAUAUGCGGAAAGGCGCCGAGGGGUUCAAGCUUGAGGUCUCCGAUGGCUUGCUGUUGUACUACGAUCGCUUCUCGUUUUAUUCCCAAAAGGUGGUUAUGGCUCUCCACGAGAAGAACCUCGCCUUUGAUAGCAAAAUAGUAAACUUGAUCAAAAACGAGCAAUAUCAGCCUUGGUACCUCUUCCUGAACCCUCGAGGCGAAGUCCCUGUCCUUCAGGACACUGGCAAGAUAAUUCCAGACUCGGCCCGCAUUAUCGACUACUUGGAGGACAAUUUCAGCAAUGGGGACACUCCCAGACUUAUCCCCAUGGAUCAGGGAGCUGAAGUCAGGCAGAGGGUCACCCAUUUCAGACACAUCCUGCAGAAAGCGCCUGCAGGAAUGCUAACAACUGGCGCUAUGCUCAACCAACACCUUUUAAAAAAUCCGAAAAGUCCGUUUUUUGCACCGAUUCGAAAGGCACUUGCCAAUGCUGAAAAGAACAGUGGGAAGCAUUUGCGGGAGUAUGCGGAGAAGAAUCCAGAGGCCAAAGAAAUACUGUUGAAGAAAGCCAGUGUUAGGGAAGAACAGUACAAACAACUGUCUGAUGAGAAGAAUUUCAGGGACGUCCUAAAUCAAGUACAUACGAUUCUGGAUGAGAUUGAAGCAGAGUUGGAGAAGCACAAGGGUGAUAAGGAAGACUGGUGGCUGUGUUCUGAUAGAUUUACAAUAGCCGAUGUUGAGUUGACGAUUUUAUUGAUCAGGAUCAGUCAGUUAGGGCUUGAACACAUCUUUUGGAGUUCGGGAAAGAGGCCUUGUAUUGAAAAAUACUACGAGAGGGUCAAGGCAAGGGAUUCGUUCAAGAAGACAGUUCCAGGGACCUUAGUGUUGCUAAAAACAAUACUCAUGUCACAAGCACCGAUCGUUUUCGGGGUUGUGGCUGCUGUGGCGUUGGUCGUUGGAGGGGCGAUCAUCGCAAAGAAGUACAUUGCUUAGAUGAGUCGCUGUGUGGGUCAGUGAUGCGCGUAUUUUGUUAAGUUUCUGUUGAUAGGUGGUACCAAAUAUUUUUAUAUUGAGAGGUAGUCGCGGUUGAUUUAUUAUUCUACUUUACUCCCGAAAAUAAAUUUCAUUGAACUA